GAAGGAACUUUUGGGAUCCGUGUUUUCCCGGGAAACUUUCCCCUCCGUGGAUAUGGAGACGAGUUGUGGGUUUUGUCGGGGAAACGUGGCUGCGCUGCAGCUGCUGCUGCUGCUGCUGCUGCUGGGAGGGACAGCAGCUCUGUACUUCCCUCAGAGAGAGUACACGGAGACGGUGUACGUGGGACAGCCAGCAGGGACGCCGGUCCUGCAGGUCCACGCCAUGCGGGACGGUGACUCUGAAAAGCCACAUUUCUACCUGUGUGAGAGCCGACACCCGCCCUUCAGCUCCUGGUUCCACAUGAACAUCAGCAGCGGAGUCCUGGUCCUGAGGAAAACGCUGGAGGAGACGGACUUUUCCUCGCUGAAUCAAAACUCAUGGCAACGCAAAAAGCUGUCGCUCCAGGUCGCCGUUUCGAACGCCACCAUCAAGAGGUCCCUGUGCAACCCCCAGAAAACAGCCCACAUCACCCUGGAGUUCGUCAACGCCUCCGUGCCGCACUGCGCUCAGACGGACCUGAACGAACUUUGCUUCCCCCACAUGGACGCCUCCAACCCCCACAUCAAGGAGAACAGGUUCCCCGGGGCCCUCCGGCAGCUCCGGCAACUCACGAGACUCAACGUCUGCCCCAAUUACACCGUCUCCUACAGCGUGGAGUCAGAAACGCCGGCGCCGUUCGCUGUGAACGGGAACACCACGGAGCUGGUGGUGACCGCUCCUUUGGACCGCGAGGAGAGCGAAAAAUACAAACUCCUGAUGGUCUGCACCGUCCAAACGGAAAGCGCCGUCACCAAAGUGGACGCUUCGCUGGAGGUUCUGGUGGACGACGAGGACGACAACGCGCCCUACGUGAACGGGACGGACACCGCGGACGUUGUCAUCAACUACAACCGCAGAAAGGGAGCAACUUUCGGGUCCCUGUUUGUGUUUGACAGGGAUUUAACCACCAUCUACCCCAAAGACCAGAGCGGAAACAGGUUUGUGGAGACGUUCAUCAGCAGUGACCCCUGGAUCAAAGACACCUUUGACGUCAAAGGAACCUUCAGUGAAAGGAAAGCUGCUCAGGGAGGCGUUCGAGAGUCCGUCUUCGAUUACCAUCUGGUCCUGAAGAAAAACCUGCUGUUGACGGAGAACCGGAGCGUGUUUCUGGAGUACCGGGUCAACGACACCACCUACCCUGGUCUGGAGGGGACCGUCCUGCUGCACUUCAACAUCACCGUCUUACCGGUCCAGAUCCACUUCACCAACAGCUCCUACGUGUUCACGCUGUCCCGCAGAGCCUCACUUUAUGCUCAGGUUGGAAGAGUUUGUGUGGAGAACUGCCUGCAGUUCGAUGGCUUCAGUGUCUCGUACCAGCUGGAGGUGCCAGACAACACUUCGGCUGAUUUGCUGUUCUGCUAUUCGGCCGUGAGCAUCACCCGGUCCUCAGACGGGGUGCAGGGAGUUCUGUACGUGAACAACUCGGAGGCGCUGCGAGCGUGUCCGGACCUGCAGUACCUGGUCGUGGCUCAGGAGGGACUCACGCAGCUGGAGGCCAGCACUCAGAUCCACAUCGUGUUCGAGGGCGAAGCAAACAGGACCAGGGACGAGGGCCAGCAGCUGCUGUCCUGCGCAGAAAACCGACAGCGAGGCGAGUGCGAGUCCUCCCGAGGUCUGGGCGCGACGACGGGGACGUGUCUGUGGCGGCAAGGCUCCGACAGAGAAAUAACUAAAAAUUACUCGACGUGCUCGCCUGACUUGCGCACGUGUCCGGAUGCGUUUUGUGAUGCGGUGGAAAGCAAAGACGUGUCGAUAUGUCCGCAGGACUGCACCAGGGAAGGGGUCAUCGGCGGCUUCGAACCAGGACUGAGCGGGUUCGGCAUUAAGGCGGGCCACGGGACCUGCUACUGCUUCUCCGAGAAAUGCUUCUGUGAGAAGAUGGAGGAGUUCAUCGGAGAAGAGGCGAUAUGUGACGACAUGUGCAGAACCGUCGUCGCCACGGCUCUGCUCCUCUCCUUCAUCGUCUCCAUCCUGCUGUCCUCGUACUUCAUCCACCGGUACCACAAGAAGUCCCCGAAGCCUCCCAUAGCGUCGGCUGAGAUGACCUUCCGCCGCCCGGCGCAGGUUUACCCCAUCAGCUUCCCCGCUAACAACCUACGCCGCGGCUCGCAGGAAUCCAUCGAGACCGACACCUUUAAGAUACCUGAGGAUCCAAAGUGGGAGUUCCCUCGUAAAAACCUCGUUCUUGGCAAGACCUUGGGAGAAGGAGAGUUUGGGAAAGUCGUCAAAGCGACGGCGUUCAGGCUGAAAGGAAAAGUCGGCUACACCACCGUGGCUGUCAAAAUGCUUAAAGAAAACGCUUCUCACAGCGAACUCCGCGACCUUCUGUCAGAAUUCACGCUGCUGAAGCAGGUCAACCACCCGCACGUCAUAAAGAUGUACGGCGCCUGCAGCCAGGACGGUCCGUUGUAUCUUAUCGUUGAGUACGCCAAAUACGGGUCGCUCCGCAACUUCCUGAGGGAGAGCCGGAAGGUCGGUCCGAGCUACAUGGGCAGGGACGCCAACCGGAACUCCAGUUACCUGGAGAACCCGGACGACAGGGCGCUCACCAUGGGGGAUCUGAUCUCCUUCGCCUGGCAGAUUUCCAGAGGCAUGCAGUACCUCGCGGAAAUGAAGCUCGUUCACAGGGACCUGGCAGCACGAAACGUCCUGGUAGCCGAAGGACGGAAGAUGAAGAUUUCAGACUUUGGCCUUUCCAGGGACGUUUAUGAAGAGGACUCGUAUGUAAAACGGAGCAAGGGUCGUAUACCUGUGAAGUGGAUGGCGAUCGAGUCCUUGUUCGAUCACAUCUAUACCACGCAAAGCGACGUCUGGUCGUUCGGCGUGCUGCUGUGGGAGAUAGUGACUCUGGGAGGGAACCCGUACCCGGGCAUCGCUCCAGAACGCCUCUUCAACCUCCUCAAGACCGGCUACAGGAUGGAGAAACCGGAGAACUGCUCCGAAGAAAUGUACAACCUGAUGCUCCGGUGCUGGAAACAAGAAUCCGACAAGAGGCCGACGUUCUCCGACAUCAGCAAAGAGCUGGAGAAGAUGAUGGUGAAGAGUCGGGAUUACCUGGACCUGGCGGCGUCCACCCCGGCCGACGCCCUGCUGUACGACGACACCCUCUCUGAAGAGGACACCCCUCUAGUGGACUGUAAUAACGCCCCCGCCCCUCGAACCCUCCCCUCCACAUGGAUUGAGAACAAGCUCUAUGGCAUGUCAUACCCCAACUGGCCCGAGAAGAGCCCGGUACUGCUCAACAGACACGAUGCCACUAAUCCGGUCGUUACAAGAUAUGCCAAUGAUAGUGUUUAUGCAAACUGGAUGGCUUUGCCCUCACCCGCAAAAGCCGUGGACAAGCUCGAUAGCUAAAG